ACUCUCUCCCCCUCCCCCUUUCUUCCCUCCAUGACAACGGAUCGUCCGCAACAUUUCCGCCAUAAUGGCUUCUCAUAUCUCCACUGAUCUCGAUCGAUAAAACGCUGAUCUGCAUCAUCCCGAAGCCUUAAGAUUUGCUGGAUACUUCUUCCAACGCAAUACUACUGGCGCCCGGGCGCUGUGAUGCCCCCACAUCCGUCUGCAGAAUUAGCCCCGCGAUGAUGUCCUCGAGUUUGACGACGAUGCCCUUCAACUCUUUCAAGCGCAAGAGGGCAUCAUCAGAAGAUACCGAUCAAUACAGCCCGUCAUCACCAACAUCGACUGUCUCAAUCCUGAGCCUCCAGGAGGCCCGACUCCGAGAAACAGAAGACUUAGGGAGGUAUAGUCCCCGGGCGGUAGUCGCCGGUCGCCUAGGAGAACUGGCCAUCCGUGGAGACAGUCUAUCGACGCCCCCAAUUCCAUAUGGGUUAGAUCAAGGCACCGUCACGCAUUCAGUGCAGUCGGGAUGCUGGCCUACCCUAUACGACUCGAUUUUUGGGCCUCGCAAAAUGCCCGAAACUGGUAGUCCCCUCGCAGGAAACCAGCCGAAGCCAGACGAGUCGUCGACGACGGUGAACACAGGCCAUCUUCAGCCUGACAAUCCUGAGACUAGUGUUUCUUCCGCAUCGCCUAGGAAAAAGCCGCCGACCUCGAGUCCGCGCAAGAAGAAGAAUCCAUCGGUCACAUCCAAAAUGCGCAGCGCGGCGAGAAGCCCGCCGCCACGCACGGGCGAUGCGCUUGAAAACCCGCUUACAUGGCACGACUCGGAGAUCACUGGACACGAUCCCACAGACCCGAAUGAUGAUGGGUAUGGCAUAAAUGGCAUUGGGUUCAAGCCCACUGCAGCGAUGGCAUGGGCCAGAUCGCAGAAGAGGCAGAAGCAGGUUGCAGACUGGAAAUCCCGCGAAGCAAGGGAAGCACGAGAAAAGCGGAGGGAACGACGCGAUGGUGCUGAUCUCGAUAAAAUCAGAAGCAUUCAGAGUGGCGCUAUCCAAAAAAGAGUCAAAUUUAACAUGUGAUGACACAGGCUAUGAUGCGUACUUCGCGAUUUCAUGCAUUUUCGCGACCACUGGGGAGUUAAUCAUUUCAACUCUAUCUGAACGUUUUUGCACGGUGUGAGCAUUGGCACAGAAAUCACUGCUGCGUUGGAGUGGGGUAUCGAUCUGAUGGGGC